UUUGUCAUUGCAAAGGUAAAAGAAUCAAAAUGAAUGACCAGUGGAAUUCGGCAUUUACAGACAAUGUCUACAUAUCAAAAAGAAGCUUUAGAAAGACUCUCAUCUGUAAAAGACGUUAUGUACCCGUAGAGAGUAACUUUAUUGAGAACGAAACCAAAACGGAGAAUCCUAAUCAAUCAAGCUGUGAAAAAAGAGUAACCAAAAUUCCGAGUGUGCAAGAGACCGUUUGCUUAAAUCCAAGGAUUCAAGCUACACACCAUUCCCCUGGAAGAUCUGAAGAAUCCUCUCAGGAGGAAGAAAGAGUGGAUGAGGCCGAAAUCACUGCACCUGGACCUGACUCGCAAUCCCAACUCACGAGUCCUAAGAAAUGGGAAGAGGAUAGUAUUCCCGAAGUAGAGAUAAAACAGGAGGUGCACAUCAUUAAGCCAUGCGCACAGGAAGAGGGGAAGAGUGAAGAUGAGGUGGAGAGACCAAAGCAGGUCCUGAAAAGUCAGUUUGUGUUUGCGUCUAUGAAAAAGCGAGGGAGAGAGGGAGACACGGAGGACCGUCCGCACAAGUGCACUUAUUGUAACUGGGCUUUCAAGAAGUCCAGCAACCUUUCGAGUCACAUGAAAACUCACUGUGGCCUCAGGCCGCACGUCUGUGACGUGUGUGGAAAAGCCUACUCACACCAGGGUACACUGCAGCAACACAAACGGCUCCACACCGGUGAAAGACCGUACCAGUGUCCCUUCUGCGAAAAAACCUACAUCUGGUCCUCUGACUUUCGCAAACACGUUCGGACGCACACGGGCGAGAAGCCUUACAUCUGCGAGGAAUGUGGUAAAGACUUUGUGCGCUCGUCCGACUUGCGUAAACACAUGAGGAACGUGCACAUCAACGACAAGCCUUUCCUUUGCAAGCAGUGUGGCAAAACCUUCAACAAGCCGCUGUCUCUCCUCCGUCACGAACGCACGCAUUUGGGCGAGAGACCUUUCGUCUGUCCAGAGUGCGGAAGGUCGUUUGCUCAGGCCAGUCGGAUGGCGGAGCACAGGAAGAUCCACAGUGGCGUGCGUCCCUACAUGUGUCCGGUUUGCCCUAAAGCCUUCACUAAGUCCUCUAACCUUGCUGAACAUCUAACAGUGCAUACUGGAGUAAGGCCACACAAGUGCUCAGAAUGUGGGGUGGCAUUUGCUAUGGCAUCCCGAUUGGUUCGUCACCAACUUACUCAUGCAGCCAAGUAAUCCGAUCACUGCCAGGGCUGUAAUGCAACAUUCAGCCACUUUGUGGCACUCGAGAGGCACCAGGAACAGCUGGUGAAGUGAUGCCUUGCUCAACAAACACAUGAAGAGCCAUGCCAACUACUGUACUUAACUAGAAAGAGCAUUGUGUAAGCAAUAAAAAAAACAUUCAUCAUGAACAUUUUUACAGGGAAUACAGGGAAAUGUGGGGACCAAAAUAUUUUGAUUUCUACUUGAUCACUGGGUAUUCUCCAGUACAUAAACACAAAGGUGACAGUAACCUGCUAUUUAUAAUGACCUCUUGUAACAU